AAGAAUUCUGAACAAAUAUCUUACUCUUCCCGCUGCCUUCACAAUAUUCCCUAAAAAGGCACGCAUAAGUUGAUGAAUGGGGAAUUAUCUAAGUCAGGGAUAUGAAGCCUGUCAAACAGCUGCAAAACGGCAUUCUCCAAAUAAGAUGCGGUCAAAAGAAAGAAACAUUGUUCAGGACCUGAACAGGAGUAUAAAAGACAAAUCGCAGUCCCUCAAGAAAUGGGUGGAAGAACUGGAUAGAGAUGUGGAGGUGGUUAUGAGCCUGAUAAAUGAGAAAGAGGAAAAGAUUAAGAAAUUAGAAAGUCGUAACAGGAGCUUGGCACACAUCAAUCGAAAACUAGGCACAAACAGGAAUAAUGCCAUCAAGGUUUUUCAGCAUCAGGAUGAUAAACCAGGACCUGCCUUACAGAGUAGAGAAAGCAAUGAGCAGGCCAAUGUAAUUCAAGCCAGAAGAAAAGAGCCUCAUUUAUCUAUGAAGAAGCCUGAUUCUCAUUUGGCAAGGACCAAUUCCGAUACAGAAACAACGAUAAGAGACCCUGUGGAACAGUCUGAAAAUAUUAGGGGGGUACCUGUACAGUAUCAAAUUACUCCAAAGUUACCAGAGGGAAAUGAGAGAAUGAGUGCUGAAGACUUACUCAUAAGGCCUAAACAAGCCAAAUUGUCAGAUUACCUCUCCGAUCCUUUAAAGCUUUUGCAUGCAGUUUUACUUUGCGUUGGACUUUGCACAGUUUUCAUACUAUUAUAUACCUACUUCUUCAACAAUAACUUCAUAGUUAAUAGCCUUCUCCUGCUGCUGAAUGACCAAGACCUUGCAGAACUGAUACAAUUUUUUUCGCCAUGCCUUACUUGGAAAAAUAAUGGCCUAAUGCCAUUUUAAGAAUCACUCUUCUCAACCUUCUAGGAACACCUAAGAUCACUUUAUCGCCACUUUAAAAGCAAUAUGUACUUUAAAUUUAUAAUUUCCUUGUAUUAAAAAAAAAACCCACUCUCCAAAAGUAUGUCAUCUGAUUCUUUAACUAUUUUGCUAACAUGAAUUAAGAAUUUCAGCAAGGUUUGUUCUCCUGUACAGAAGACAUCAUUAAAGAAAGGCUGUAUCUCAGAAGUAGCUCAAGUGCUUUGUAUACAAAAGGACCCAGGUUCAGUCCCCAGCUUAUCAAGGUAGGUUGGGAAAAACUCCUGUCUAAAAUCCUAUACAGCUGCUGGCAGUAAGUGUCAGUCAUACUAUGCCAGAUGGAGCAAUCACCAGACUCAGCCUAAGGCACCUUGCUAUAUGUUCCUAUAUUCAUAUUAUGUACCAUGCCAAUUUAGGUGUUUAAUGCUACAACCCACCAUUUGCUAGAGAUCAGGCCCCAUUGAACACAGGGUAACUUACUUCCAAGUAAACAUGGAUAGGAUUAUGAUGUUACAGUGCAGUACAGUAGUUGCGUGUUUACUCAGAAGUAAAUUCUGCUGCAUCAGUUGGGCUUAUCCCUGACUAGUAAGUGUGUUUAGCGUUACAACCUUACAAUGUGAUUUUGAGAACAUUCCAAGACAUCUUAAAAUUGUAUGUUGCUGAUGAUUAAGAAUGCUAAGAAAUAAAAGGAGGGUAGUUCUUUAAUUCUUCCAGAGUUUAUUUACCCAGGGAGGUAGACUGGUCAAGUAGGGAGGAAGGAGAAGCCCUCUUGCAAGAGCAAUGCCUGCUCAUGCUACAUUGGGUUUCACCCAUCUUUUGCUUACAUUAGCUGCUUCGGUCUUUACUUAGGGCCUACCCAGAAAAGUAUGAGAAAUAAAAUGUCAUAUAUAUAUAUAUAUAUAUAUAUAUAUAUAUAUAUAUAUAUUCUAAAUACACUUGACAAAAUUUACCAAAUGAAGCCAUCACAGCCAUGUUCAAAGGGGUUUCAGUGGGAGACCUCAUUUGCUUUUGGAAGAGGCUACAAAUACAUUACUAAUGUCUUUUCAAACCUCUAUGCAUACAUUAUUCAAAAUCUUUACAAUAAUCCUGUAAAGUUGGUCAGUAUUAUUAUCUGCCCACUGCAACUGGAAGACUGAAGCAUAGUGCCUUGCCUAAGGCCACACACCCAUGAGCUGACACCAGAGGUGAGCUCUGAACCAAUAGUUUCCUAUGUCACAGCUACUCAGAAUUAGCUGUUAUGCCAUGCUUCCGCUAUCAUGACUUAUGUAGCAAUUUCACCUCAUGAUACAGCAAUUGUAUGUUUGUUCUAAAAAUCAAUUUAGGAGUCAGGAAGCUGUGAGUCCAAAGUCUGGAAUUAACCUAUUCUCUUGGUUUGUAGGAGGCGGAUCAACUUGCGAAAGCCUUAGAUUUUCUUCUCUCUCAUUUGUGCUGGAAGCUAGAGGAAGAAGGAAGAAAAGUCACAGAGUUUGCUUGGAUUUGUGAAUAAAUGUUUUCAUUGCGGACAUUUGGCCCAGAUGUUCCAUAUUUGCACUAGGCAAGCUAGGCAAAUAUGUUUCGUAAGUGCUUUCAGAGCACACUGGCAGAUUUAAAAUCAACUGAAAUAAACAGAUAGCAUUUUGCGACAGGCAAAUAAAAAUCCUAAAGAUCAACAUGGCAACCAGCCAAGUGGCAGCCAAGUUGAAGCUUCAGAAUGGUAUUUGACAUUUACGUGUAAAGCAGAUACACGAAGCCUGCCAGGCAGAGGCCUGUAGAUAAACAGAAAACUGAAUAAACAAGAUACAGAAAAUGAAAACUUUACCGUAGGGAGGGGACAAGACUGAUACGCCAUUGGUUUGCUUAUAUGGGGCAAUGUAGCCUUGGAGUUUAGUAACAGUAAGCAAUAAUAAUAAUAAAUUAAAAUCCUGCAACUUACUGUGGUUCCUUUCAGGCAUAUGGUCAUGAGAAGAUGGUCCUCCAUGAAGUAAACAGAGAGAAGAAUCAUCGGGGGGAAAUGCCCAGAUUACAAUGACCAAUGAAACUAUGAAAUUCAUUGCCAUAGGAUGUUUCUGUUGGUGACUAGGAUGGAAAAGAGGAUUAGGUACACAUGGGAAAUGGUUCUUUUUGAAGCUUUAGGCUGCAGCAAACAGACAUUGAAAGGCAAUAAUAUACUGCUGAGACUGGGGAAUGGCAAUAGGCUACAGCUGAAUUGUCAUGACCUGCAUGUAAAAACUUCCUUGUAACUUUUGGUUAGUCACUGUUGAGAGACAGAAUACCAAGCUAGAUGGACCAUUGACCACAGACUGAUGCUUAUUUAGUUCUAACGCAUGUUUUUCAGUUUGGGAACAAUUCAUAAGGAUUCGAGAAAGUAAGCAGACAGAUCAUUUCAGACAACAUGGAGUCGUUUCCGGAAUUUCUCCAAAAAGCAUCAUAUGAGCAAAAAGCA